CCGGAAAUUAAUAGGGUAACUUCUUUUUUUUAAUGAGUUUAUAUACAGUGGAAACUGUAGUCAAGGAAGCGAAAAGAAAGGGGAUUGGUACUUAGACGGGGCUGUGUACGUUGUCGGCACCAGCAUGGGCGUGCAGGGGCUCACGAGCUUUGUGGAAAGAAACGGGCACUUCCUGCGCAGGCAGAGAGUGAGGGACACCAGGCUGGUGGUGGAUGGCAACAGUUUAUACUACAGACUCUACUUCACUUCAGGCUUGGACCAGCAGCAUGGCGGAGACUACGACUCCUUUGCUAGCGUGGUGUUGCAGUUCUUCGAGGCCCUCUUCACGUGCCACAUACAGCCGUUUGUAGUCCUGGACGGUGGGAUCGACGCCAGCGACAAGAAGUUCCAAACAAUAAAAGAGCGACUCCAAAGCAAGAUCAGGGAGGCAAACAACCUCUCCCGGGAUAAGAAUGGGUCCAUCUUGCCGCUGCUCACCCGGGAUGUUUUCCUGCAGGUGCUCUUCAGCCUGCAUGUGCCCGUCGUCCAGUGCGUGUCGGAGGCGGACUGGGAGAUCGCCGCUCUGGCCAAUCAGUGGGGCUGCCCUGUGCUGUCCAGCGACAGCGAUUUCUACAUCUUCGACCUGAAGGGCGGCUACCUGCCCAUUAGCUACUUCCAGUGGAGCGAUGUAGUCAUGUGCGAGAGGACGUCCGACAGCUACAUCCCCGCCAGCCUCUUCUCUGUCAACAAGUUCUGUACCCAGUUCAACCGCAUGGACAAGAAACUGCUGCCUCUCCUUGCCGUCUUAGCCGGGAAUGACUAUGUGGGUGUGCCGUCUGUAGAGAGGCUUUUCAGUGCCUGCCAGCUCUCUCAGGGAGGGAAGACUUCCUGCCGGAUCGAGAACCUGCUCCGCUGGCUGUCUAGGUUCAAGGGGCUGGAGCAGGCCUUGGCUGAGAUCGAGGGUCAGGUGGGAGGUGUGGACAGACAGGCCGUCCGUUCACAGCUGUCCUCCAAGAUGCAGGAUUACCGCCUCUCUGAGAGUCAUGUGGCCUCAUUCUUCGCAGGCGGCUCUCCGACGUUCAUCCUCCCCUAUCCGCUCGCCUCACUUCCCCCAUGGGUCCUGCAGGCGCUGUUCGAGGCCAGGCUGAUGCCGCUGGUCAUCAACGUGCUUGUCCUGCAGAGGGCGCUGUUGAGCGUGCAGGUAGAGAACAGCCAGCUGGCCAGCAGUCAUGCUGGCUCCGUGUUGCUCCGCCAAGAGCUCUACGGCUUGCUGCUGGACUGGAAGCAAAGGAGGGGGCAGGGGGCUUGUGACUUGGGUCGAGAGUGGGCAUAUUCCACUCGUGGGCGGGGCCAGGUGCAGAGGACUUGUGACCUGGGCUGGAGGCGGGCACAUUCCACUCAUGGGCGGGGCCAGGUGCAGGGGGCUUGUGGAUUGGGCCAGGACCAGGCCACGUAUGGGCAGGGCCUGAUGUACGUUGUGGAGGAGUAUGACCGGCAAAACUUGGAUCUGAGGAGAUCAGCAGUUCCAAGCACUGUGUCCCAACUCGUCAGAGCAAACCCUUUAGAGAAAAUGAAUGAGGGGCCUUUGGAAAGGAGUCAGCAUCUCCUCCUGAACAUACUGCAGGUUCCUGUGAGUGUCGUUGAAUUUGCCCCCCCCGCCCUCGCUCUCCCUGCGUGCGUCACCGUCUAUUGGCUGAGGAGCUGCGGACCAAGGAUCACCCAGCAGCAUCUGCAGGCCCUGGUGCUGGGAAUGGUGUACGGGGAGGUCUGCAAGCUCAGGGUCAGCCAGAGAGGACCAGCGCUGUCGUGCGUGAGGCUGCAGCGCAUACGGGAGGCACGUGGCGACAGGACCAAGCUGGACCUAGACUCAGCUCACGUCUUUAGCCAGUGGCAGUCCUGCCUGUGGGUCAGCCUGCUCCUGAACCGCCUGCUUGGCAGCCCGUUGCCUGAGCCCGACUGUGCUCGGUUGUACAGCGGGACUUUGGUGCACCGUCUCGUGAGGGAGCUGAGGGGGGGCGUCCCGGCCGAGCACAUGGUGGAGGGCGCUCUUCCGAGGCAGCUCUACUGCAGCCUCUUCAGCGCCAUCCAGGGCGCCACGGGCCCGGCCUCCUCUGCUCCCGCCUCCGCUUCCUCCAAAAAGAGGAGGAGGAGGAGGAGGCGGCACGGGGGCCGGCGGCCGGACACUGGAGAUGUCGCCAACAGGUUCAGUCUGCUGCAGCUCGAUGACGACUGAGGCGCCGUUUGUUGCACUUUUCGCAGGAAAUCUGCUUUCACUCCAGCUCCCGAACGGCUUCCCCGCAUCUCACAGCUUCACAAACAUAAUCGUGAAAACACUUUUACUCCUUUUACUUACAGCCAAUGAAAGAAGGCCACACCUCAACUGUGUACCUUUAUGACUAUAUUAAUAUUGUAAAACUUUUAUUACAGGGUUAUUUUGUAAGAAAGACCAUGUCAUUGUUUCUAGAACACUAUUAAUGUAGAUUUAUGAAAUUAGUUAUGAAUGUGUGCUUUUAUGAAACAAAAAUAUUUUUCUACAGAAAGUUGGAAACUUUCCACCUUUGUGUCCUGCACAGAUUUUAAUAGCAGCAAUAUUGAUCUUCAUAUUUUUUGUAAAAUGUCCUUAACUUUAAAUGCAUGAAAUACCAGGAUUAACGAAGAAGGCUUUUUAAAAUUAAAAAUCUGUUAUUGCACUUAACCCAGUGCUAUGCAAAAAUGUAAAUGAACUCAUUAUACCAUUAAACUGUCAGAUUUCUUGGUGUUGCUAAGGUUACUGCAAAUAUGUAACCUCUUAA